UUAACGGUCAUUUGACGAUUUGCAAUCGUCACCUAAGCAACGAUUUUAAAUUUGUUUCGUCGAAGAAAGAGUGUUGGAAAUGUAUUACGAUAUUUAAUUUAUUUAAGCUUUAAGAAUGGAAUAUUUUGCUAUUUUUGCACCUUCAGUAGAAGAUAUAGAUUCAGAAACAUUUGUAUUUGAGAAGAAAGAUGAUUGCAUGAAAACGCUUAAAGCAUACAAGGAUGCUCGUUUCAAAUCAUUCAAACAUCGCAGUGAAGCUCUCAACUUUGCUAAAAAUGGAACUGAUCCGCCACAGAUUAAAAUUGAAUUAAUUCCUAAAUCGCCACCACCAAAUCAGCCGCCAAUUAGAAAUCUCGAGAAGAGUCAAUUUCCAUCGCUGAAGCCACAGGAAUUGAUGAAAUUCCGUAAAGAAAUCGAAGCAAACAAUGUACCGAAAGUUUAUGAAAUGAUUUGUACGAAUCCAAGAUACUUAGUGAGUGCUGGUGACACUCCUUCUAUUCUUAAGGAAGGACCUCGCUACAAUGCUCUUCACGUCGCAGCCAUAAACAAACAUGCUAAAAUGGCCAAACUUUUACUCCAAACAGUCGAGAAAACCGAAUUCAUAGAACUUCUACAUGGAUUUAAAGACGAUCCAAAUGUAGAAGAAAUGAGCCAAUUUUUAUUAGAAUCUUAUUUAAAUACUCCAGAUAAAUCGCGUAAUGAAACGCCUUUACAUUUCGCAUCAAAAUUUGGAGCUGCUGAUGUCGUUGAAGUACUUAUAUCAUAUCCAUUGUGUAAAAUGAAGCCAAAUGUCGAAGGAAAAGAACCAAAAGAUAUUAUUUGUGAACGUGAUCCAAAUGCAAAGCCUGAAAUUAAAGAAGCAAUAAAAGAGCUUUUAAAGGAAAGAUUUUUUGUGCCUGUACUGCGAUCAGUUGACAGUUCAAUUCAACCAAUUAUUGGUGAUCCUUUCACACCGAAUAACAUGCCGAAAUUUAAUUAUGAUCCGAAAAGUCCAUCAAUGGAAAUAAAAGCUUACGCUGGACCAAUGACAUCGGAACAAGCACAAACAUUCCGAAGACGAUGGAAAACACCGCCACGUUUAACACCAACAAUGCCAGUAGCAAAUUUAAAUUUGUCAAUAUCACCAAAAAAUUCGCUAAUCUCAUCACCAAUAAACAGUCCUCGAAUGACAUCAAAAUCAUUAAUUGAUUUGAUGUCAUCAACUCCAAAACACAAGAAAAAAUUAUUUCAAGGAACGCCCGAUGAUGAUGAUGAUGAAAACGAACUCCAAUUGGAUAACAACAAUAGUGAUAAGAAUGGAAAUCAUAAAGUUGUCAUAACAAAUGGAAUUCUUCGUGAGAAGGAGGAAGAAGAAUACAAAGAUAACAACAAUGAUAGCAUGAUUUGCAACGUUCGAUCAACAAGUUCAAUGGCUUUAAUGUCAUUUCUUGAUGAAAGUGGAUCAAUUUAUAACAGUGACAAUAUUUGUGAUUCGCCAUCAUUCAAAGAGAAGCACAUUCGACUGACGGACAUCGAUAAAGGUCUUGAAAAAGUCGGUCGUGAUUUAGCUGACGAACAGAAUGUUGGAUGGAAAGAAUAUUGGAAGUUUCUUGGUCGUUUUCUUGAUAUUCGCAGUGAUGAAGGUCUGUCUUGUUUCGAGAAUUAUCUAAAGCAAAAAGCUUUAAUGAACGGUUUGAUGAAGAAACUGAAUGAAUCACCAGAAGAAUUAUCACCAUCGAAGAGGAAGAACGAUUCAUUAAAUUUGAAAGCUAUUUGUGCGAGUAUCUACAGUAUGGACAUAAAUGAUGAAAUAAGUGAUUGUACAACAAAAAUUACUAAUCCACCCCCAUCACCAUCAAGUUCCAUAUCCAGAGUUAACUUAUUUAAUGAAUUUCGUCAGCCUUCAAAUCAACAUCAACACGAAAACUUUCCAAUUAAAAAUCCUUACAUGUGCAUUGAACAAAGUUGUCGUACAUUCUCAAAUCGACUUGCAAAACUACUUGAAAGUGAAAGCAUACAAGAUCAACAUUCAUAUGAAAAAAUUCUUGUGCAGGAGAUUGCAAAGUUGAAUAAUACGAUUGAUAGUUAUAAGCGAGAUAUGAGAUUUCCGAGGGAUUUUGAAUUUAAGAAAGUUCAUGCUCGGUAUAGUUUAAUUCUCGUUUGGUACCUGAAGAAGAACAAUAUCUUGGUGAAAUGUAUUCGAAGUUUUAAGCCACUUAUCGAGAAAGUUUACUUUCUAGCUGAAUUUGCUGCUGCUGAAACGAAUAGUUUUGAAUCAAGUAAAGACAUCAUUAAAGUUCAUGCUGCUUGUGUCAGCAAUUUCAUAAUCAAAUAUAUAAAGAAGCAAGCACAAAUUUUCAAUCCUGAAGUUGUUGACACUGAAACUGCAUGUGUGGAUGCAUGGAAUGGACCAGAUAUUGUCAAAUGCUCUUGCUCAUUUGAUGGAAAUUUGACAAGCUCAAAGCAUCGACGUGAGAUGAGAAAGAAACUUUAUAAUGAAAGUAACCGUGUUGUGACGGAAGAUUUAUGGGCAUACAGAAAACGUGCACAAUCGUCUGAUGAUGAAGAUGUCUACUUAUCAUGCAGUGAUUCGGAAGAUUCUGAUGCAUUUUAUACACCACCAGAAAGUCCAAUUCCGUCAGAUAAUGAAGAUUGUAGUGACGAUGAAAUGAAUGUGUUUGAAGAGUCAGUUGAACAAAUUGAAGAUAAUAACAAUUGCUUCACAUUUUUCAUUGAAGGUGAUCAACCAACAAAAGCUGAUUCAGAUGUUUACAAUGCAUUUGGGGAUAAACUAAUAAUUGAUGAAUCAAAAUAUCCACUUAUUUAUAAAUGGUAUAAUGUCAUGAAGGGCCUCAACAACAAAAUACGAAUUAAUAAUCCUCGUCACUUUCGCCUUUUCACACCAAAACUUAAACCAAAAGUCGGCCUUCACACCAUGGAAUCAGAAAAUUUGGCGCCUAGAUCUAUAAAUUCGUUGUCGGAAUAUCCUCUUAUUAAUAUUUUUUCCUAUCUCGAUAUAGAUUCGUUGAAAACCGCAACAUUAGUUUGCAAAGACUGGGGUGAUAUAAUUGGAUCGUCAACAAAACUCAUGAAAAGAAUCUUGCUAAGGUUGCCUUUUACAUCCUAUCCGAGAGCAUACCAUUGUGCCCAAAUAAUUGUUAAAUCCAAAAGAAAAUAUCGAACAAUGUCAUUCCACUUUACCAUAUGCAGAGAUAAUGAAUUCAAACAUGUGGAACCAGCAAGAAUCGCAUCAAUACACGUCCAUUUGUUGGCUAUUGCAAAAUCUCACGGGGAUUAUCUUCAUGAAUUAACUAUUCACAAUGCUAUAUUUGAAAGUAUCAUAGAUUUUCAUGGAAUAAUUGUCCGAAUGCAAGAUUUAGAAAAACUUACACUUAAAAGCGUAAGAGUGAGAAAAGAAUUGUCAGGUGAUUUUGCACAACUUUAUUGUACUGAAAUAUUCAGAGUCGAAAUGAAGCGUCUCAAAUAUUUUAAAAUGCAUUCAACAAAUUUCGAAUGCUUAAGAUGUAUGUCUGCUCCAGCACUUGAAUAUUAUGAGACAAUAGGACACGAUUACUUUAUUCCAGAUAGAAAAUCGCGUAAACGCAAGAAUCCAGGAGAAAAUCCUCCACCAGCGCCACCUAAGCCAAAGGAACGUCCUCGUGAGCCGCCUUCCAUUAUGUAUAACUUCUUCGUAACAUUGAAGAGUCUUAAAGAAUUAUUUGCAGACGCAAAAGCUGUCAAUGAAUUGUUUGCAUCAAUAUAUUUGCAAGAUCAAAACUGCUUUCAAUUUCAUUUGAAGAAACUUAAACUUAAAAGUAGUUCUGGAAUAUAUACCGUUGAUGUUGAUGCAUUUCUAAUCUCUCAGAGUUCAACCUUAGAAGAGCUCGAUAUGUCUCAAUUUAGAUAUACCACGUACUCAGUAAUAUUUAAAGAAUUGACUCAUCUUAAAGUUCUUAAAAUAUUCGCCCUAGAUAUUCCACUUGAUAUAAAAUUUUAUGAAAAUCUUAAGUCUUUAAAAAAUGUUAAAUUUUUGGGACUUCAUUAUAUGAGAGGUGAAACUAGAGCAAUGAAUAUAGAAUUAAAUGAUAUAAAAGUUGAAGUAACGCCGCUUGACUCAGAAUUUGUUGAAUGGCAGCUUGACAAAAAUUGCGUCAAGGAAUCGGAGAAUAAAUUUAGAAAAAUAUCCAAGUUCAUGAUAGAAUACAUCAUCCGAUUACAGAAACCAGAUAUAAAUGAAGAGUUUCCAGAUGAUUUUCCCAAAAUUUUGCAAUAUGCUGAGAAAAGAUCAGCUUUAAAAUCUGAUGCUAAUGAUGGACGAAAAUCGUUAAAAAAUUCUUUGAUGGAGGAAGCUAUAAAAUUUAUUGGGCAAGAUCAAUGCGUAAUUUCCGAUAAUCGAAGAAGAUCAACACGUUUUUCUGGAAAAUACGAUGUUGAAAAACAAUCACCAGUGGAUGAAAAUUUGGUUAAAAAUAAACGAAAAGUCUCGAAUAACUCUAAAUGCUCAUCGUCAAAAUCGUCAUGUGUAACGAGCCAUAAGAAAAAAGUCUCAGAAUCAACUUCGUCCAGUUUCUCAUCUUCAAGCUUUUCAGGAUCUUCAUCAUCAUCAAAUGAUUCAUCUGAUUCAAGCAAAGAACAGAUAAAUAAGCCACAAAUUCAAACUAAGAAUUUGAAAAACUCGCACAAUUCAAAGGAAAUUCAUAAAAGUAAUUUAAUAAAAAGUUUGAAGUCGUUAUCAGAUAGUUCAAGUGAAGAUGAAAUUAUGCCGCCAGUGGUUGUACAAAAAGUUAUUAAACCACAAUCAGCAAUAACAAGUGAGGCUAAAGAUCAAAUAAAAAAGCUCAACAUUAGUGUUAAACAACUAAAAUUUGUCAUUCCAAAGAAAGAAAAUGUUCAGAAAGUAUCAAAAUUUAAAAUUCCACCAGUCAUCGAUCCACCAAAGUUCAAUCCUGCUACGAAAAAGAAAACUAAAUUAACAGUGACAAGAAAAAGAAAAAUCGAUGAAUCUCUUGGUGGCAUUUUCACAGUUGACAACGGUUGGGAUCAAACUUCAACAACGAAGAAAAAUUUGAACGUCACUAACAAUAUUAAAAAAUCAAAAACAGAAAGCAACGAUUCAAUUUCUCAAGACGACGUCCAUGAAGUACAUGAAAUGUACCAAAGUCUGAUUAGUUCAGAUCAGAAAACGUUAGAUGAAAAAGAUUCUGAGGAAAAUGAAGAAGUUUAUUUUAAAAAGCCGACUUUAAAGAAAAUUAAACUUUCCGUCUUCUCAUCUUCUGAUGAUGAGAGUGAAACUGAAUCAAAACAAAUGGAAAUUUCUAAUCAUUCAUCAUUGAAGAUUAUCAACUCUCCAAAUCAUAUUAACGGUAACAAAAACUCUGAAACUAUAGCAAGUGAUGAUGAAGAUGAUGCAAUUUCACUUGAGGCUGAUAUAAAUGAUCUUGAUGACUUUGAAGACUGCAAUGUUGUAUCUCCAAUCAAGAAAGGAUCAAAACAGUUACCAUCGGAUACUUCUUAUACUUCAGAACUUGAUGAAUUAAAGAUUAAAUUGACAAAAGAGUCAAUUGUUUCACGUGAAGAUGCUGAAGCAGAAUUUAAUCGAAAUACUGGGUUAAUUAUGAAAAAUUCUACAAGAAAAAUCAGUGAAAUGACUGAAACUGUUCUCAAUCGUUUCUAUGGAAGAAUUUGUUUGAGAUCUCUUGAUAACCAGUGCAAUUUCAGUCCAUGUAAAUAUAGUCACUUCCUUCCUAAACUGGCAACCAUUCGUCAACUGUUCGAUUCCAUUACGUUGAAAGAAGUUGACGAGGCUUUUUCUGUUGCUUUAUGUUAUCCGAAAAUAUUUGACGCUUAUGUGUUGGCAUUUACUGAAGUUUUUGUGAAGAAAACUUCAGAUUAUGAAUCACGUAUAGCUCGAAUUAUCAUGAUGUGCGAACGAAAUCCACGAAGUCAUCAGUUGUACCGUUAUGUUGUUGACGGACUUGCUACAAAUGGACACUUGCCACGAUAUAAAGCAAUUAAAUUUCUUUUGAAACAUCAUACAAAUUCAACAUUCGCUCAAGAAGCUAUCAUGCCAAUGAUCUUUGAAACGGGACCGGAUCUCAUUAGAUUGAAAGAUUAUUUGGUUAAGCUUUUUGAAACACGAUCAUUGCCAGUAGAUAUCAUCAAUAAACUCUUAGAUAAUUGCAACAGUUAUCAAGAUCCUCAUCUUCCCGCAUUCUGUCUCGAUACAUUAAUUACUUUGAAUCUUGACAGCUUUCGAAAGCUCAAAAGGGAACAUGUUAAUGCAUUCAUGAAGUUUCAAACGUAUCUUACUGAACAAAAUCAAUCACCCAUUAUGAUGGAAAUAACGAGUAGGAGAAAAACAAAAAUUCAGAAAGUAAUCGAUCCAGAUAUCGAUGUUUCAAAAAGAAAAAGUGUUCAUGGUGUGAAUUCAUUAUGGUUUAUUGUGAUUCUUAUUUAUGUCGUAAUCAUUGUAAAUAUUUCAUCGAGUAUCAUUCAAUACGUUCCAGAAUUGAAAGAUGCGGAUGUUCCAUUUAUUGGUAGCGAAGCUUGGAAAGAUUUGAAAGUUUUGGACAAUUCAGGACCGAAAGUUACUGGAACCAAAGCAAAUGAAGUCGAAGCUGUUAACUUCCUUAAAAAAAGAAUCGAAAACAUCAAAGCAAAGAGUCAUGUAAAUCAAAAUGUAACGUUAGAUCAUCAAAUUGCGUCUGGUGGAUAUUAUUUACAAUUUAAACCUUACGGGAUGGUCGUGCUGUAUAGAAAGAUUCAAAAUAUUGUGGUUCGACUUGAUGGAGAUUCCACAAACGCUCUCAUGCUUAAUUGUCAUUUUGAUUCAGUGCCUGGAAGUCCUGGAGCAAACGAUGAUGGAGCUAAUUGUGCAAUAAUGCUUGAAUUGCUUUCAAUUCUAUCAACAAGAUCAUCUCGAACACGUCAUUCGAUUAUUUUCUUGUUUAACGGAGCUGAAGAAGUUGGACUACGAGCAUCUCAUGGUUUCAUAACUCAACAUAAAUGGGCUGGUGACAUAAAAGCAUUCAUCAAUUUAGAAGCAGCCGGUUCAGGAGGAAAAGAAACGCUUUUCCAAACAGGUCCUGGGAAUUCUUGGCUUCUCAAUCAUUACAAAGUUGUUCAACGACCAUUUGCACAAGCUGCUGGUGAAGAAAUCUUUCAAUCUGGAAUAAUUCCAAGCGACACAGAUUUCAGAAUAUUCAGAGAUUUUGGAAAUCUCACUGGAAUGGAUUUCGCUUAUGCAGCUAAAGGUUACAGAUAUCACACAAAGUUCGAUUCCAUUGACUAUUUGACACAAAACGUUCUUCAAAGAACUGGCGAGAAUAUUUUGAGUCUUGUUUUGUCAUUGGCGAAUGCGUUUGAACUUGAUGAUGAUUCGGCAUUUUCAAAAGAUUCUUCAGCUGUUUAUUUCGAUUUCUUAGGAUUUUUCUUCAUGUUCUAUUCGAAGGAAGUUGGAGUCGUCGUUAAUUUUGUUGUCGUUCUUCUUGCAAUUACACUUCCAUUCUUGACACUCAACAAAGCAACAGCGAAUGUCCAUUCGAAGAAUGUUUUCUCUGAAACAAUUCUUGGAUUAAUUUCAAUUGCUUUUGGCAGUGGAUUUUCGGGACUUAUUUGCUAUGUUGCAGCUUACGUUCUUGAUAAAAUGGAUCACUCGAUGAGUUGGUAUCGUAACACGGCUCUUGCUUCUGGUAUUUAUGCGUCAAUCGCUCUUCUAGCACAUGCUUUGGUUUGCGAUGUUGUGGGUAUGACGUUAGAAAACAAAAAAUCGCCAAUCAGUUUAGGAAUCAAAGUUCAAGCGCGAUUGAAUGGCGUCAAUGUUUUCUGGGGUGUCAUUACAUUGGGAAUCACAGUCAUUGGAUUUCGUGUUGGAUAUCUCUUCAUGAUUAUUCUCUUUAUUAAUUUAUUGAUGAGUUUUGCAACAUUUCUUAUGGGACUUCAUAAUUCUGUUCAUAAAUGGAUUUUUGUUCAUCUUAUUGGACAGUUUUUCGUUGUUCUUUGGACUUCUUACUUCUACAACACAAUUCUUGAAGUUUUCAUUCCGAUCACGGGGCGGUCUGGAAGCACACGAAAUCCUGACAUUCUAAUUUCGAUUAUUUGUUGUGCAACAACACUUUUCAUUUGCAGUUAUUUGAUUCCAUUGAUGAAGCUUCUCAAAUCGUCAGUGACAAAAUAUUUAACUUUAAUUACAAUUUUUCUCGUCUCAAUUUUUCUUGCGAUUUCAACGAGUGUUGGAUUUCCAUAUCAAAACGAAUCGACUGGAAAUCCUGCAGUUCAAAGGCAUUUUAUUUCCCACACGACAAGAAAUUUCUUUGAUUAUCGUGGAGAAAUUCGACAAUCAGACGCUGGAUUUUACUUCAUGGAAUGGGAUCGUCAUGCAAAAAAGACGAUUGAAGGAAUUUCAAUGCCUGAUUUACCACAAAAUUUCAGUGAAAUGUGCAACGAUGAAAUAUUCUGCGGGCUGCCAUUAAUUUCAAGUCGUUCUCUCUUAUUGGGCGGCCAAUGGUUGUCAUCACCAACACCUAAAUUUCCAGACAUUGCACUCAUUGAUUCCCAUUCGAAAAUUGUUUUAUCAGAUAAUCGAGUGAAACAUUCGUUCAAUAGUAAUGGAACAUCUUUAGCUGCCAUUUUCAUACGAACACGAGGAGAAGAAACAAAAAUGACAGCGUGGAGUUUCACUGAAGAUGUUCCGGAAACCUUCAACAAUACAUAUUUUGUAACUGUCGCCAAUGGUGUUGAGACAGAGCCAUUAAGCUUUGACAUCACGAUUAAGAAUGCUGAACGUGUUGAUGGACCUCUACUUGACAUCACUUUAGUUUCUAUGAAGUUUGAUCGACAAAGCGAUUACACAACAGAUUUUAAGAAAAUCUUAAAGCGAGUUCCAGAUUGGGCGUUUGCAAUUGAUUGCAUUGCUGCUGUCACAAGUUAUACAUUUUAAGAGAUUUUCUAAGAAAUUGAAUGAUAAUUCCAAGAGUUGUGAGUAAAAAUUCUUUAAAAGUUCAUAUCGCAGUUUCUUUGACUGAAAUAGUUGCAUAAAUUAAAACAUUCAUAAGUUCACUUUAUGCUUGUUAAUAAAUAAGAAAAUAUACUUGAAGUAGCAGGAAAAACAUAACGCGAUCAUUUUCAUAUUUAAAAAUAAGAUCAUUCUGACAUGUUUCUUCUUCUCAUUCGUUUUUCAUUCAUUAAAGUUUUCCUUGAGUUUUUCAUAUUUCACAUUUCACAUUUCACCUAAAAACAACACAUUUAUUUAUUAUAAGUGAAAAACGCUCAAAUAAAGAACAAA